AAAAAAAGAAGAAGAGAAACGGGAAAACCCCAAAAUCUCGAUUGACUCACUGGCCCUGAUACCCAAUAUCCCCUUCACCUUCACACCUCGUCCCUCGCUCUCUCUCUUUCUCUCUCACACACUCACACACCUAACUUAGGGUUUCCAAUCUCCACCACCACCACCGCCGCGGCAAUCCAUUCCACCGCCACUUCCCAUGGCGGAAGUAAUGAAUGCUCCCGUCGACAACCUCGACCGCCGUCGUGACCGCAAUAACAACAAAGAAGCAGCAAACACGAGCAAAUCCCCCGAAGAGGGUGGCUCUUCGCCGCCUCCGCCUCCUCCUCCUCCGCCGCCGCAGGCGAGGAGGGGGAGAGAUAGGGAGAGAGACUCGAGAGAGCGGCGAGAUGACCGGGAAUUUGAUCGUCGUGGUAGGGAUUAUUAUGAUCGGAACCGUUCUUCUCCUCCUCCUCCUCCACCUAGAGAGAGGGAUUACAACAAGCGAGGUCGACCUAGCCCUAGUCCUCCUCCUCCGCCGUAUCGUGACCGGCGAGGAGGAGGGGGUCAUUCGCCGCCUCCUCGAAGGUCUCCUCCAUUUCCACCGUAUAAGAGGUCCAGGAGAGAUGAUUAUGAUGGCAGACGUGGUAGCCCCAGAGGUGGUUUUGGACCUGGGGAUCGAAGGUUUUAUGAUUACCAAGGUGGAUACAACCGUGAAAUGGGGGGCAGGCCUAACUAUCCUGAUGAAAGGCCUCAUGGUCGAUUCUUUGGCCGCUCAGCUGGUGGCAACCAAGAUUGGGAUUCUGGCCACAGUGGUUUAGUCGAUGGUUUUGGUGCAGGGAGCAAUCAGAGGGAAGGAUUGAUGUCUUAUAAGCAGUUCAUUCAGGAGCUGGAAGAUGAUAUCUUACCGUCUGAAGCUGAGCGCAGGUAUCAAGAAUACAAGUCAGAAUAUAUAUCGACCCAGAAGAGAACUUACUUUGAUGCACAUAAAGAUGAGGAAUGGUUAAAAGACAAGUAUCAUCCGACAAAUUUGCUUUCUGUUAUUGAAAGGAGGAAUGAGGCUGUUCGAAAGCUGGCAAAAGACUUUUUGCUUGAUUUGCAGAGUGGGACAGUGGAUUUAGGUCCUGCAGUUAAUGCUUCAUCCAGCAAACAGUCUAGUGACCCUAAUUCUGAGGAUGAAACAGAUGCUGGCGGGAAAAGAAGACGGCCUGGAAGGGGGCCAGCUAAAGAGACUGAUCUUCUUUCAGCUGCUCCGAAGGCUCACCCUGUUAGUUCUGAGCCCAGGAGGAUGCAGAUUGACAUUGAACAAGCACAGGCACUUGUACGGAAACUUGAUUCAGAAAAAGGUAUUGAAGACAAUUUAUUAUGUCGAGCUGAUAAUGAGAGGAUGAACAGAGACAAGUCUCAUGGUGGUUCGACUGGACCUGUCAUUAUCAUACGGGGUUUAACUUCAGUCAAGGGCUUGGAGGGAAUUGAGUUGCUAGAUACACUUCUUACUUAUCUAUGGCGCAUUCAUGGGGUGGAUUACUAUGGAAUGUCGGAAACCAAUGAGGCUAAGGGUCUACGACAUGUAAGAGUGGAUGGAAAAAAUCCUGAUGUAACUAGCAAUGGGGCUGAAUGGGAAAAGAAAUUGGACUUGCGUUGGCAGGAGAGGCUGAAGGGACAGGAUCCACUUGAAGUGAUGACAGCAAAGGAGAAGAUUGAUGCAGCUGCUGUCGAAGCCCUAGACCCGUAUGUCCGCAAAAUUAGGGAUGAGAAGUAUGGGUGGAAGUAUGGCUGUGGAGCCAAGGGUUGUACGAAGCUCUUCCAUGCUGCUGAAUUUGUCCAUAAACAUUUGAAAUUGAAACAUCCUGAACUUGUGAUGGAGCUGACUUCUAAAGUCCGUGAAGAUCUAUACUUCCAGAAUUACAUGAAUGAUGAAAAUGCUCCAGGCGGAAUGCCAAUCAUGCAGCCAUCUAUGCAGAAGGAGAAGCCUCUACGGCGUAGGCCUGGACUGGAUAAUCGACUAAAAGAUGAAAGAGGUGGCCGUAGAGAGCGUGAAAAUCGAGCUAAUGGUGAGCGAUUUGACAGAUCUGAGAACCCUCAGCAAGUGGAUUUCCAGUCUAAUAAUGAUGGUGCAGCUGGUGGGAAUCCUGAUGAACCAAUGUUUGAUACUUUUGGUGGUCAAGGGAUACCUGUUGCACCUUUUCCUUCAGAUAUACCACCGCCCCCUGUCCUGAUGCCUGUCCCUGGUGCUGGUCCUUUAGGACCUUUUGUUCCUGCUCCUCCUGAAGUUGCAAUGCGGAUGUUGCGAGAGCAAGGAGGUCCUUCCCCUUUUGAAGGUGGUAGAAGUGGGAGGUCGGGGCCCCAGUUAGGUGGGCCAGCCCCGAUAAUUGCUAUGCCUCCAGCUUUUAGACAGGAUCCUAGACGUCUACGAAGCUACCAAGACCUUGAUGCACCUGAAGAUGAAGUGACUGUGAUCGAUUACCGGAGUUUGGCCUAAACCAGAUGGCAUAAAGACACAUCGUUAUCGCAGCUAUUUAACGUGGCAUUUUACUGUUAAACUCAAACUAUCAGAAGCUGGGAAUGUAUUUGCUUGUUUAAACUGAAGGAAGGUUCCACCAGCUCUGGUGCUGCUCAGAGUUCACUUUGGUUCAGCUUAUAAUUGUGUCGUUUCUCAGUUUUCAGGGUCCAUGAAGUUUGUCAUAGUGUAGAAUUUUUUUCAGCUAAUUGCGUGGAAAUUUAAGCCGAAUUGCUUUGUACGAAUACAGUUUUAGUACUAAAGUAGUCUAGUUGGCAAAUCUUAGGGCUGUAUAAUUUUUGGGACGCUGCGUUUGUGUACCGUUUUUAUCUUCCUCUAGAUUCCUUGUAGAGUUGGAAAAGUUCUAUGUUUACUGAAAACUUCAAUUAUGAUGUCAUACAAUCAUACAAUACAAUUCAUGAUUUUUAUUACUUCUGCAAUAAACAUCCAAUUUUACUUGUUGAA